ACCAAGAAAAGUAGAAAAUCCUCAAGUAGUGGUGGUGGCAUUCUUCGUAUGUUUAAACUCCUUCCCAUGUUAACAACUGGUUGCAAAAUGGUAGCCUUAUUAGGUCGUCCAAGGAAGCCAAUGUUAACUGAUAAAGCAACCACAGGGACUUUAUUUGGUUACAAAAAAGGCAGAGUUAGUCUAGCUAUUCAAGAAGAUCCACACCGUCUUCCCAUUUUCGUGAUCGAGUUGCCGAUGCUCACCGGAGUUUUUCACAAAGAAAUGGGAUCAGAUAUAGUAAGAUUGGCUCUUGAAAGUGAGACAAAGACACCUAAGAAGAAGGUAUUGGAGGAGUUUGUUUGGGCUGUUUAUUGUAAUGGUAGAAAAUUUGGGUAUUCUAUAAGGAGGAAAAAUAUGACAGAUGAUGAAGUUCAUGUUAUGCAACUACUGAGAGGUGUUUCAAUGGGUGCAGGUGUUCUUCCUUGUCCACCUGAUCAGAAAGAGAGUGCUGCUGAUGGAGAAAUGACUUAUAUGAGAGUAAGAUUUGAUAGGGUGGUUGGAUCAAAAGAUUCAGAAGCUUUUUACAUGAUAAAUCCUGAUGGUGCAUCUGGCCAAGAAUUGAGUAUUUUCUUUGUUAGAGUUCAUUGAAACUUAAAGAAUAUAGUAGUUUGCAUGAUAGAUCACCAAGAAGUGUAAUGGGAUAGUUCGGAUUCCUUCAUUAGGUCUCGGAUUUGAGCCCUGAUAAUGAAAAACAUAGCUUCUUGAUAGGAAAUGCUUUAACUUCCUGCGUAAAGAUUCCAAACGUAAAUCCAAAUUAGUCGAGUCAGCCAGUGGUUCGUAAACCCUUGAAGGUUUAGGUAAUUAAAUUCUUUUGCCCUCUAUUUUGUUUCUAGAGUUAGUAGAAUGUCUAGAACACAAGGUGAUAUGAAUUGGUUUGAGUUGUAUUUGCCUCGAAAAUAGAGGGAAAAAAUACUUUAUCUAGAUUUCUACCAUCCGUUAAGUUUUUUUAUUUGGAAAAUUUGCAGUUUUCGUGUUUAACGUAUAUAAUACUUCAAAAAAAAAACUUAGGUGCACCGAUUGUGAAAAUUGAUGACAUGGAAUUAUUGAAACUUGGAAAGGUGAAAAUGAAGAACAAAGAAACAUCAAUUCUCGUUAGAAGUUCAGGUACAUGACUGUGUCUGUUAGGUUCAUUCAAGCCCACUACCAAGAGUUAUAGUGGAGUGAUGAGCAUGGGCGGAGCCACAGUGUUGGAUGCGGGUUUGGCCGAACCAGUAGCUUUUGUUCAUGCUUAGAGGUCUUAGAUUCAAGGCUUGAUUUUGGAGUCAUCUUUAUUAGGCAGCGAUUCCCUGCACGAAUCCGGAUUUAUCAGUAAAGGCCCGAUGCAGGUACCGAAAGUUUUGAAACCGAAAAAAAUUCAUCUAAGGCAUAUUUUGAAAAGUAGCUGCCCAAAACAUGAGCAACGUAACCGUCUGUUUUUUGUUUUUAAUUUUGUUGCUUUCUUUUG